AUGGAUAGUUGCUUUGGAAUCCAAGAAUUAAAGGCACUCCAAGAUUUAAUUAAUCCACCGCAAAAUAACUCAGACAGCGAAGACGAUUUACCACAAGCUGGUGCACAAAAAUUCGGGCCUGGCGAUAUCGGAACUCAAAAUGUGACGUCUGGGCAACAUGCCGGGCCGCAUGCACCGCUGAAGGGAAAGACUGAUGAUAUUUGGCAUUCGUCUGAAGCAGAUGCCAGUCAGAAUACCGAAACCUAUGAUCCGAGAGAGGUACCGGAAUAUGAGAUGAAAUUUAAGCAGGCGGUUACGGCGGAGGAUGUAUUCUUGGGUAUCGGUUUCAAAACGCCAGGCACAGCGUCCUGCGAAUGGUUGUCCGUGUUUGUGAAGAUGUCGCACGAGUCGCGGGACAAAGUCGAGCUUACUGUGGAGUCUGAGGCGAUCGACGUGCGCAGCCCAAGAUAUCGGCUGCACCUUGCGACGCCGCAUCCGGUUGAUCCUUGCACCUCCUCCGCCAAAUGGCACACCGACACUUCCACCUUGGAAGUUACGCUGAAACUCGUGCGCGAACUGGACGAUGUAAAUUUUUAA